AACCGAUUUGGCAGUGCCACUAGUCAUACUCGUCUAGUCGUCCUGCCAAGGUUGGGAGAGAAGCCUGGCGAAGUAAAAGUGCGCGCUCAUUAUUUUGCAGCAUUUGUUGGCACCACAUACGGACACCACCUCUGUGUAUUACAUACUCCAUUUUCUCACUUCCUGAAUCUCUCCUCAUUCAUUCUCAUACCAAAAUGGGAGUGUGGCCAAGCAAAGAACCGCCUCCGCCGAUGGUGUUAGUCCCACCGCUUUUCGAUUUUCCUCCGCUUGGCGCACGAACCAGGAUGCUAGAAUCCUCGUAUAAUAUGUUAUUUGGAAAGCUUGCUUUGAAAUGUCUUUUUGAAGAUUACUUUGAUGAAGCAAGGAAUUUUAGUACAAGAAUCUUGCUAAAGCCAUUGGAUGACCCUCAUGUUGAUUUAAUUGCAACAGUUUCUGGUCCUCUUGAUCACAAGUCUAAGGAAAAUGUUGUAUGUAAUGCACAGUUUCGUUGGCAAAGUGAUGUUGAUGAUCCACAUACAUUUAUUGACUUUUUUGUUGCAAACACUGAUCCGGUUUUACGGAUACGGUCAUCUGCGUUUUAUCCUAAAUAUGGAUUUGGAGCCUUUGGAAUCAUCCCAUUAAUAUCAAAGAGAAGGAUAUCACCUGAAGAUUAUGGUAUUAUGGGAUUGAGAUAUGGCUCAGAAUAUCUGUCUUGUGGGCUGACUGAUACUACAUUCCCUAUGUCUGAUGGGCUUCCUAAAAAUGCUUGGUUGGUCAGCAAGAUGGGUAGACUUACUGCCGGAAUGCAGUAUGAACAACUAUCUGGAACCAAAGAUGAUUCAAAUUUCAAAAAUCCGAAGAACUGGAGCUAUGCAGUUGGCUAUGGAUUGGGAUCAGGCAGCCCACUAAGCCCUUCUUUCAAUUUUUGUCUAGAACUUGCAAAUAGCUCUCAGUUUGUUUCCUCAUUCUACCAACAUUUUGUUGUCCAAAGAAAGGUACAGAAUCCAUUUGAAGAAAAUGAAAUAAUUGGAAUUACAAACUACUUAGAUUUUGGUUUUGAGCUCAAGACAAGCUUGGAGGAUAACAAUACAUCAGAUAAAUCUCAGAAUUCUACAUUUCAAGUAGCAGCAUCUUGGCAGGCAAACAAAAAUUUCUUGUUUAAGGGGAAGGUGGGACCUCUAAGUUCUACUUUGUCAUUGGCAUUCAAGUCAUGGUGGAAGCCUGCUUUCACUAUUAGCUUUUCAGCAAUCAGGUAUCAUACAGUUGGAAAUACGUCUUUUGGGUUUGGCAUCCGAGUGGAAAAUCUUAGAGAAGCAAGCUAUGAAAGGGCUGACCCAAACUUUGUCAUGCUGACUCCAAGUAAGGAGCACAUAGCUGAGAGUGUGCUUUGGAAAGACCGAAAGAGCCUGUUUUAUCAGUCGGAUGUAAGUGUUGGGAAUUUUGAUGGCUUGCCCAAGGAGUUGAGACCUCUAGGAAAAUUUUUGUAGCUCUGCCAUGUGAGUACUCAAUAGCUACCAAUACAAAUCUGGGGAGCUGUAAUUCUCUGGGAUUGUAAUUGUUAUGAAGUGUUAUAUUGUCAUGAGAUUAAUCUUGAGUUAAUCACAUAACUGAGUGUGUGCUUUGGAA